AUGCGAUUACUCCGCAUUUUCAUAAUUUGCCACGUGUUAAUGGCCUUGACCUUAGCGGCCCCCACGAAAGACGACCUUACCCAGGAUACACCUUACAUUAGGGAGCUUCUACGACAGGCGAAGACUAGCGAGAUUGAAAGCUUCAUGGACCUAAAGGCCGAUCCGUGCCAUGACUUCUAUUCUUUUUCGUGUGGCAACUAUGCUCGUAUCAACUCGGCUUUGAGCAUGCAGGUGUUCACGACAGGAGUAUUCGAAACUCUGAACAACGGCCUAAACCGAAAGGUCCUCAAGAUGCUCAACACUUAUGAUACCAACGAUACUCCGGAGGAUAUUCAGGUGAAGCACUUCUACGAGUCCUGCCUGCGGAUCGAGGAGCUGAACUACACAUACUCCGAAAAGCUGAAGCGACUUAUUGCCGAGUUCGGAACGAUGCCGGUGCUUGAGGGAUCCUCCUGGAAGGAGGAGGACUUCGACUGGCUGGGGACCAUCGCACGCAUUGCCUAUCAAUAUGGAAAAACAGCCAUCAUAAGUGCGGAUGUAUUCAAAGACAUUACCAGCAACCAAAGGAAUCGAAUCUACAUAGGAGCGCAGAACUUCCCGCUUCAGGAGCGAUCCAUGUAUCUGAACAACGAAACUCUUAUCUAUCGCAAGAAGUACCUUAACGUUAUGCAAAGUAUUUUACAGCGAUUUUUAGCUGUCGAGGAGGAGCUGGCAAAACAAACGGCUAAGGAGCUUUUAGACUUUGAGGUGGACCUAGCCCAAGGACUUUCUUCUCCAGACCAAGGAAUUAAUGAAUUGGCUGAACUGCUAAGUGUCGCUGAGAUGCAAGCAAGGUAUUCACCAACCAUUGACAUAAAAAGAUUGUUAAGUGUGAGCAUGGGAGAGCCAAUUUUGGAAGAGAUCUACGAGUACAACAAAUUCUAUCAGCAAAAUCUGGUAGAAGUCAUCAAGCGUACGCCCAAGCGCACCGUAGCCAACUAUAUAUUCUUGCGCCUUAUCUGGGAAUUUGUUAAGUCGCCUUCCGACAAGCCGGAGGAGCAGAAAAAGGCCUGUGUUAAUAUUACCACAAAGUUUUUUGCCAAGAACGUGGACAACAUAUUCUAUCGCCGCUACAAUAACGAGAAAACCUCCAAAGAAAUCGAGAAUAUGUGGCGUCAACUAAAGUCAACCUUUAACGAAACUCUGCUAUCCAGUCAAGCUCUGGAUUGGAUUGACAGACCUACUCGGAAUCUGGCUAUUGCUAAGCUACAGGCCAUGACCCUGAAGGUGAACAACUAUGCCGAGGAUAACUUCACCGAAGAGUUUGCGGAUCUCAAUCUGCAGAGCUCCGACUACGUGGAAAAUGUGCGACAGACAAGUCUCCUUGCUGCAAAACAAAAGCGGGAGUCGCUCCACCAACCAGCGAAACCAGUUGAGGCGGGCUCCAUGCUUAGUUACUCUCCAGCCAACAUCCUGAUAGAGAACAUCAUCAAGGUUCCGGUUGCCCUUCUGCAACCCUUUUACAUUUGGUCGGAUGUCUAUCCCAAUGCGAUUAUGUUUGGUACCUUGGCCUUCCUAAUUGGUCAUGAGUUAAUCCAUGGUUUCGACGAAAACGGAAGACAGUUUGAUGCCAAUGGAAACUCAAAUGAUUGGUGGGACGAGAGGUCCAGUAACAACUUCCUGAAACGCCGGGAAUGCUUUACGAAGCAGUAUGGAAGGUAUGUGUACGAUGGGAUCCAGCUGAAGGACUCCACUUCGCAGUCGGAGAAUAUUGCGGAUAACGGAGGAAUGCGGCUGGCCUACACCGCCUACCGGAAUUGGUACGAGUCCCAAAUGGAGAAGGAUCUGGCCAAGGAGACCCUGCCCAAUCUAAAAUACACCGCAAAGCAGCUGUUCUUCAUCACAUUUGCUCAGUUCUGGUGCAACGAUGUACAUCCAAAAGCCAAGGCCCUUCAAGUAUCAACCGAUAAGCACAUGCCCGGAAAAUUCCGCGUUAUUGGACCUCUAUCGAACUUUGAUGAGUUUUCCAAAGAGUUCAACUGCCCAUCCGGAUCCCCCAUGAAUCCCAGAGAGAAGUGCAUCCUCUACUAG